CUCAGUUGUGUUAGAAGAUGGAUUAUAUAGUUAGCUGUGGAUUACUAUUAACAAACUGGAGCUUUUUCCUUCUUGGUUUGCUCAUUGGGUUUUCUGACCAAUCUGUCGCUGAAAUUAAGAAAUACACGCUGUGUAACGAGAAGGUUGAUAUGGAGGCGAAGGGCAUCCAACAAGGAGAGCUGGAGCUAGCCAUCAACACAAACACCGGAAGUGACUCCCGCGUGUCUUGCGACUUCACUGUGACUGCCGAAAACGGCCGCCACGUCAUGUUCUACUUCACAGACCUCUUCCUUGGCUCCCCAAACUUUACUGAACGCGUGGACCGCGCGUGCAUAGAGCCACGUGACAUCAAUGGAAAUUACGAAACAUUUUUGGCAGGCAUGCGCCCCUACAUUUGUUCCCGGACGCAAGUGGAUAUAGGCAGUAAAGUGUACGCUACCACCGGAAACGCAUUGUCGUUAAGAUUCUAUCGUAACCGAGGUUACGGCAUUCGCGUCUACGUGAAACUGGUCUUCACAGCAUUCAGGCUCGGAUCCUGUCGUACAACUGAGCGGAAGUGCAACAACGAGCGGUGCAUUGCGCAUGACAUCGUGUGCAAUGACCGAAACCCGUGCGGGGACAACUCAGACUGUCCCACGGGCCUUGAACACUUAUCCAGCUGGGCUAUGAGCGGCAUUGUAAUCCUGGCUCUUCUUUGUGGCGGCAUCGUCAUCAUCAUGGCAACCGUGUGUCUCCAGCGAGCUGGCAACAAGAACUAUGAUUUGGACGACGUCACAAUUCCUGCAAACGGAAUGGUACAUCACGAAUGCCCGCACGUUGAAAUGAACGAAGUCCCAAACAUCGAUAAAAAGCCCCACACCAACUUGACAGGGGCUCAAAACGACAAUCUUUCAAUGAAAGUAAUAACAAACUGUCCGGGUCUACAGAGGAGGGUGAAGAUGAAGACCUUUUAA